AGGUACGUCAUCGCACGACGUGAAGUGCUCAAACCGGCCCAUUUGAUUGGUACACGACAGAAAAUGUUUGCGGUAACAAACUAGCACCGUUUUUGGUACUGAAAUCGCCAGUAACACUCGUCUAACCUUUAUCAUCGGUAACACGCUCUUCCACACUUGCGAGGUUACGGCGGCAUACAGCGUAUUCAUGGCGUAUAUUACAUUUCAUUAAAUUCACCUCGAUCAACCACCGUGCUGCAGAAUGAACGAUGGCAUACCAAACGAUUCGCCAAGAGUAUCUGGAGAUACCGAUUGUAACGAGGGUGUAUUCAACGGCGUGCAUUAUCACAACACUGUCUGUGCACCUCGACAUUGUCACACCGUUCCAGCUGUACUUUAAUCCAAAACUCAUCUUCGAACACUAUCAACUUUGGCGGAUCUGCACAACAUUUCUAUUUUUCGGUACUUUCGGCUUUAACUUUCUGUUUAACAUGAUUUUCACAUUCCGGUACUGCCGUAUGUUGGAGGAAAAUUCAUUUCGUGGCAAAAGUGCGGAUUUUGUGAUGAUGUUUCUUUUCGGCGGCACCGUACUGGUUAUUCUUGCACUGUUUGUCAAUUUACUUUUCCUAGGGCAGGCCUUUACCAUCAUGCUUGUCUACGUGUGGUCCAGGCGAAAUCCAUUCGUGAGGAUGAACUUUUUCGGCGUGUUAAAUUUCCAGGCACCUUACCUACCGUGGGUCCUGCUGGGAUUUUCAGUGCUAAUAGGAAAUACCAUCUGGGUCGAUCUAAUUGGUAUUGUCGUGGGCCACAUGUAUUACUUUCUCGAGGAUGUGUUCCCCAACCAAGCAGGUGGCAUGAAACUUCUUAAGACUCCAAGGAUUCUCAAGCUGCUAUUCGACGAAGUGCCAGACGAUCCCAACUACGUACCGUUACCAGAAAACCAACCGGGAGGCUUCAAUUGGAGGCGGAACAACUGAUGGUAAACCAGAUGGUAAAAUUCGAACCGAUUCAAUAAAUGUAAGUUCAUAUGAAAUUGACAAACGCACACUUUCUCGUAUUGGAAAUUCAUCAAACUCGACUAUGUAGUCGAACGCCUUGCGGUACGGUGCUUUUUUCAAUGUGUAGGUAUGGUGAAGGAUUUUCA